UUGAAGCGGAAACGCGGCGGUUCCACCUUUCCCCUAGCCACAAAGCCCUCUUGCCUCACUUCCGGCCUCUCUUCCAAUUCUGGUGGCCUAGGAUCCUCUGAAGGGCUCCCAGGGCCACCGCUCCGACGGGCCACGCGGGCGCCCCACCCUCAGGAUGUGUUACCUAGUGCGCGGUCACCGCCGCCGUCACAGGCAGCCUCAACCCCUCCCCGGCCUACCCGCAGCCCUCCGGCCUUCCUCCCCCGCACCUGCCCGCACGCUCCCGGGGCCCGCAGGUGCGGAAGACCACGAAAUUCCACGCCCCGCGGAGAGGAGACCCACCAGCUCCCGAGACAAGACGGGGAGACGCGGUCGGGUAAAGCUCCAGGGCAGAUGUGUCAGACUGCCAUUUUAGGCAAGAAGCAUGGAGGUAAUUCACGGCAGGCCUCACUGUUGCAGGGACCUUGAAGGAGCUGACAUUCUGUCAAACACCUUUUACUCUAAUGGACUGCACACCCCGUACGAAACAACUAUUCGGCCAACUGCUUCACAAGACAGGUAUCAGGAGCUGAGGGAGGCUCUGCCACAAUGCAGGCUUCGGUGGGGUGCCGAUAGAGAAUAUGGUGGUGUGCUUCCAGUUUCCCUUCCCGAAGAACACAGGCCAAAAUGUGAGCCUCCCCGUCUCAUGAGCAAAGGACACCAGCAUUACGGAUUUGGCGGGGAGAUCUGGCCAAAGCUACCCAAACCACCUAAUUCAGCAGUAAGAGAAAUCUGCUCAUCGUACCCAGUUGAACAUCCCUACCAUACACACAUAAGCCGUGGCUCCGUGUUUCCAACCUUUACAUCGCCUAAGGACCUUUACACCGGUAUUAAAGCUCGCACCCAGCAGCCUUUUCCUCCUACAGUGCCAACCAAGGCCGGUGAUACAACCAUUCUGAAGACAAGAGGUAACCCUUACAGAUAUGAACUGCUUGAUUUUCCCAUGGAUUCAAAGAAAAAAGCAUUGACUUGGCCAGGUCAGGGUGUAUAUUAUGAUUUUCCUAAAUGUGUUGAGAAAAACAAGCCAGUAUUCUACCCCAAACCUCCUAAAACCUUUGCUCCUAACUCCUCUUUGAAUCCAUGGGAUACGAUGAGCUCUGCAAAGGACGCCAAUAUACAAAGAAAUCUUGAGAAGUCUCACUGGCUCACUUCAUACACUCAUGAUUUUACAGGUCUGGGUCCUAUGAGCCCCCUUGAACUGGAUGAUUACCAUGAAAAGGAGCUAGCAGAACUAACUGGACAGAUAGGAUUUGACCCACAGCCUCAAGAAAAAUUCCAUCCUGCCUUAAAACCUCCUAGACCUUUGGACGGUCGAAUUGCCCGACUUACUCAGAACCAACGACCUCUGGAGGUUACAGUGCAAAUACCACCUCCCUGUCCAGACUGUACACCUAGAGUUUUAUGUGCUUUUCAUACAUUCAUACCCACUUCUGCAGAAAUCAUGGCAAUGAAUAAUAACCUCCUGUCUGGAAUAACCCAUAAAAACCAGGAUGUUGAAGAGAAGAUAAAGGAAGAACAAGGCUUGAUGUCUACCUGUGCACUCCCAACUUGUUAUGAAUCAAAAGACUUGACUAGUCUCUAUGACCUACAAUCAUUUCCAAAGAUCACAGACACGAAAAAGACAGAUGAUUUGUACUGGAGACAGCUGGAGAUGAAGCCCCUCCCCAUAUCCUGCUCUAAGUCAAACCAUUACAUUGACUAUGAACCACUUAAGUCUGCCUACCGUGACCCAUAUGCUAUGUAUCCAAACCCUGUUCGCCUCAGUAAGUCUAAUAUUCUUCAAAACAAAACAGAUAUGGCUGAUUUCACUUAUGACAACUUUUUAAGUAAACCAGAAUUUUUGGGCAUGAACAUGGAAAACAAUGAAGAAACAAGACCUCUUUUAGAUUGGAUCCCUAGAGCUGGAGUGCCCAAGCAUCAUUCCAACCUGAGAAAUCUUAGGAACACAUUUUCAAAGUCCAUGGCACAGAAGCGUCUGCAUAACUCCAUUCAAGAAGAACAAAAAGACCUCCGAGAUAAACUGCAGUGUGGGAUGAGACAUCAAUUUUUUGGCUACAAUGGCCAUCAUUUCUAUAAUUGAGAUAUUCCCUUGAGACCCAGCCUCUUGCAAGAAAAUAUGUCACAGAGAGACCUGCAUUUGGCUGGAUUCUGUUUCUGUAUUAAGCCAUAAUGACAUUAAUGAUGUUGUGUUUUCAAAAUUUUAAGUUAGGAUCUGGUCAGAGGGACCAAAAUAAUGUCCUGACUUCUCAAAACAUUUAAGUUUGUCAACAAAAUAUCAGAGCCAGGAAAAAAAUAGUGUUUAAUCUCAUCUUCAAAUUAUACUCUCAAGAAGUUUCCCAAAAUCAUGAAAAUCAAUGUGUAGACAAAAUUCACAUCAUUUUGUGAGAAAUGAAAAAAAUUGAAAAAAAUUCAGUAUUGAAGAUUUGACAGACAGCUAUAGAAUGUAU